GGCGGGGCGGCCGCGCUGGUGGGAGAGUCAGUGACGCCGCGGAGGGUUUCCGUCGCUGGCCGUAGUUGGGUAUAAAGGCCCGAGGAGCGGGCAAGUGGCCGGGGGUAGCUUGCUUCUGGGGUGUGUCUGGUUAAUCACUCACUCACUACUACAUCUCUACCUCUCUCUUUCCGAAACCGAGAAUACUUCUACAAUCAGACAAUAUGGCCACCGAGUACAAGACGCAGUUGUUCAUCAACAACGAGUACGUUGCGGCGAAGUCGGGCGAGAAGUACUCGCUGUACAACCCCUCAGACGAGACGCUCGUCAGCGACUCGGUAGCGAUUGCGGGCCAGGAAGACGUCGACGCGGCCGUGGCGGGCGCCAAGGCAGCCUACAAGGGCGAAUGGGCCAGCACGAGCGGGGCGCAGCGCGGGCGGCUGAUGAGCAAGGUGGCGGACCUGUUUGAAGAGCAGGCGCUGGCGCUGGGCAACCUGGAGCACGUGGCCAUGGGGCAGCCGGCGGGCAUCGCCGCCUUCAUGAUCAAGCACAUGGCCGACGUGUUCCGCUACUACGGCGGGUGGGCCGACAAGAUCGCCGGCGAGACGUUCCCCGCCGACGACGGCACCUACAAGAUUGUGCGCUACGAGGCGCUGGGCGUGUGCGCGGGCGUGGGCGCGUGGAACGCAAGCCCCAUGGCGUUCGCGUGGAAGGUCGCGCCCGCCCUCGCCGCCGGCAACACGGUCGUCUACAAGGGGUCGGAGAAGUCGCCGCUGGGCGUGCUGGCGUACGGCGCCGUGUUCAAGGCGGCGGGCUUCCCGGCGGGCGUGGUGCAGCUGCUGUCGGGGCCGGGCAGCACCGGCGCGCUGCUGGCCUCGCACAUGGACAUCGCGAAGAUCAGCUUUACCGGCUCCGCGCCCGUCGGCCGCAAGAUCCAGGACAUGGCCAACAACAGCAACAUGAAGCGCGUGACGCUGGAGCUGGGCGGCAAGAGCCCCGCCCUCGUCUUCGACGACGCCGACAUCGACAACGCCGUCGCCUACUGCUCCAACGGCUUCCUGCUCAACUCGGGCCAGGUGUGCGCCGCCGCAUCCCGCACCUACGUGCAGGAGAGCAUUGCGCCCAAGUUCCUGGCCGCGCUGAAGGCGCGCUUCGAGGCCGCGCAGCAGGCCAUGCUGAACGGGUCGGACAACCCGAUGGAGCAGCUGGGCCCCAUGGCCGACCGGCUGCAGUACGAGCGCGUCAUGGCCUUCAUCGAGGCGGGCAAGAGCGAGGCCGAGCUCGUCACGGGCGGCGCCCGCUGCGGCUCCAAAGGCCUCUUCGUCCAGCCCACCCUGUUCCUGAACCCCAAGCCCGACGCGACCAUCUACAAGCAGGAGAUCUUCGGCCCGGUCAACACGGUGCGCACGUUCAAGACCGAGGACGAGGCCAUCGCCCUCGCCAACGACACGACCUACGGCCUCUCGGCCGCCGUCUACACGCAGAACGUCGCCCGCGCCCUCCGCGUCUCCGCCGCCCUCGAAACGGGCACCGUCUCGGUCAACUCCAGCCACAUGCCGACGACGACGACCCCCUUUGGCGGCGUCAAGCAGAGCGGCCAGGGCAGCGAGCUGGGCCGCCCCGGCCUCAUGGCUUAUCUUAACCCCAAGACUAUCCACAUCAAGUACGUUCUUGCCUAUAGCUAUAACUACCCCCACCCCUCCCCCUCUGCAAGAACCCCGCUAACACCACCCCCCUCAGCAUGGCCGUCUAAACGCACCCAACCGCAUCGCACCAUAAGCGGAAGAAAAGACAAAACGCAAAAAGAAAAAGCAAGAAAAAAUAAAAGGAAAGAGAAGAAGUAGGAGGAGAAAAAGGAGAAGGGACGACGACACCACCGACGACGAAGAAGAAGAAGAAGAAGAAGAAGAAGAAGAAGAAGAAGAAGAAGAAGAAGAGCUCAACUGGGUAGCAGCGCAGCGGGGCGCGGCACGGCACGGCACGGCAUGGCGCAUCCUGCCGACGCCGGGCAGAUGAAACUCUAUAGGUACCUAGAAGCUACCUUGGCUCGGCGCCGUAAUGACAUGACCAUUUCAAUUUUACAAUUUUAUUUAUUUAUUUAUUUUGCCAACACUCUCACUCACCCACUCGCUCCCUUUGACUCUGACUCUGACCCCAACUCUAACCCCGAAUCUCACCUCUGAACCUAACCCCAAAUACCUGCUCCCCGAUCCCAGGCGGGCGCGGCCCGCUGCAUAUGCA